UAGGUGUACGAGCUUCGCGGUCUGCCGCGGCGGCGUACUGUUCUUGGCACAGUUUCUGACCAUCUCCUAUUGCGAGCGGAUCGCGCUGGACCCUAAGCGCAAUUUCGUCGCGCCUCGUGACACCCGACGACUUUCUUUCUCACUGAACGGAGCUCUCCGUCGCCGAGCCUCGCUUCCGGUCCUCCUUGCGGAAACUCGCGCGCACCGUCGACUCGCGGGGGGCCGCCGACCUUCCAAAAAAUGCAACUAACGUCGUGUUGCGGGUGUUACUCGCUGAAAGCGGGGACAUUGUUUACCGGAAUAUUGGGCAUCAUCCUAUCGAUCAUCUCGCUGAUCCUGAUCUUCACUCUGAACGUCGAAUGGAAAACGAUACUGAUCGACGUGCUGGACCAGAGUAUCGUCAAAAUCAUCUUCGCGAUAAACCUGUGCAUGACGAUCUUGAUCUCCACGCUGCUCAUUAUCGGCGCCAUCAAGAGAAACACGUUUAUGAUGCUACCGUGGGUAGUUCUGGGCCUGAUAUUAGUGGUCGGUCUGUUGGUGAGCGUCCUGUACACGUCGAUCAUGUUCUUCGUGAAUCACGCGGUAAUAAAUGGAAUUCUGUGGCUCGUCAUUGGCCUCAUAGCUGUUGUGAUCUACACGUACUUGUGGUUGGUAGUGUACAGUUAUUUCCAGUAUCUGAGGUACGACAAAUUGAACAACAGAAUCGGCCCGUACGGAAGACCGUACAAUUACCGACGACCUUGAAGCGAAUCGGCGAAUUUCACGAAACGAAGGCUCCCUCUUCGCCUCGAAGAAAUUGGAUUGUUCUUUCCUUCUUCACGAGGAAAGGAACGAUCAGCUCCCAUCGCACGAAAGAACGAUCCAAUUGCUUCGGGGAGAGGUGAAUUAACCUAAAGGUCAAUUAACGUAAUCGCACCAAAGCACGAAGCACCGCCUUUUCGCCGACAGAAGAGGAGAUUUAUC